AAUCAAAACAUUAUUGCCGCUGGAUAAUUUUGAACUCAUGAUUUUUGAGGAAAAAGUUUUCAUGCUUUAAGCUUAAAAAACGGGGCCUCGUCUUCAGAGUUCCGUGCUUUAGAAAUGGCCAACGAUCGGGAAAUUCUUCGUGCAACCUGGGAAGGGCGAAUACCGGUGCAUUUCAAAUUAUCCGAGACGGAAACUGAAACAGAACCCGAAGAGUGUUUUCUCCUCGUCCCCCGGAUGAGCUAUUUUCCUCUAGUUACUGAUAAAGUGCGGAAACACUUUCUACGAUUCAUUUCGAAUGAACUGCAAGACGGGGAGAUGUGGCUGGACUCUGCCGGAACACCGCUUAAGUGGCACUUCCCGAUAGGUGUUCUUUACGAUCUGCUGAUAGGCACUGACGGAACACUGCCGUGGCACAUUACAGUUCACUUUUCAAAGUUCCCUGACGAAAUAUUGAUCAGCUGUCCCAACAGGGAAAUCGUUGAAUCACAUUUCAUGUCUAGUCUCAAAGAAGCCGACGUGCUCAAGCACCGCGGCCAAGUGAUUUCCGCUAUGCAGAAGAAGGAUCACAAUCAGCUUUGGUUAGGAUUAGUUAAUGAUAAGUUUGACCAGUUCUGGGCUGUUAACAGAAGGCUGAUGGAACCAAUUCCUGAUCAGGAUGGAUUCAAGCACAUUCCAGUGCGGUGCUAUAACGAGGACGGUACGUACCAGCAGAAACUAGUCGCACCCAGCACCGAAACCGGCCAGAAGCGAACGUUGCAGGAUUUGUUGGACGAUUUUUCAACACCUGUUAGGAAAGCAGUGGAGGCCCGAACCCAUGGCGUUACGGUCCCGGAAUCGACACCGCUGCAGUGGCUAUCGGAGCACCUCAGCUAUCCGGACAACUUUCUGCAUCUUUGUCUCCUGUACGCCUAGAGACAACAAGCGAGGGACCGGCGGCAGCAGCAGCAGCAGCAGCACCAUCGGAGACCGUACCGUGGAUGAAUCAAAUCAAACAUGAUUAUCAUCGGGGCUCCCCAAUCCGGAGCCAGCGUACGGACUAUAUGGCCAGCAAACAUCCUCCCUCGGACACACUCCAACUCACUCUCUCUCUCUAUCUUUCUGUGUGUCAUUCUGUCUCUCUCUUACUCGUGUGCUCCUUGCGUGCUCGAGGAGCUAAACAUUGUGCCACCGUGGUGGCGAUGGCGUCAUGUUCGUUCAUUCCCACGCACCUUACCUUUAACCAAACGAUCAAACCGCAUGGUCGACCGUGUAGACACCGUGGAACCAUCAGCCACCGGUGCCAGUGGAUAGUAGCGCAGUGCAAAUCCGGCUAGGGUGUGACAGCAGAGCACAGAGCAGCAGCGCAAGGGUGGAGUGACUACACGCACUAAUAUAUCGUUCCACCACGACCGACCAACCGUACCAAACCGCGCAUGCCGCCAUAUGGAGAGAACCAUUGAGAUAACGCAUCUCGCAUCGCAUCACUCACUCGCGUACUGCUUCGCGUAUCCCUCCACUGUGUGCGCUGGCCGAUCUCGCCGGGCCUUACUGGCGGCCUUUCUAUUGGGCCACACAUUCGCGCUUGACAUUUAUGUCUAAUUAUACGAUUAUCGUUUCUCUUUUUCUCGCCAUUACUUUUUCGGGCCAUUCGUUUCAUUUCUGGCUUCUCGUGCGCUCGUGCGCGUCCCUCUUACGCGGGUUGGGGUUCUUCAUAAUACUCUUUCGCAUUUUCCAGCCGCGAAAGCAGUAAGUGCGAGAGCCGCGCACCAUUAAAGUUGUCAUAAUAAGAUGGUAAAAUAUAUGUACGCAUGUAUGAGCGGCGCAAAAGGCUUUGCGUUA